GUCGUCCAUGACAUCGACACCCUGACUUGUGACCUGCAACUGGAGGAGGACGGAAUGACAGACAGCUCUAAGACGGACACACUCAACUCCAGCUCGAGCUCCACCACCACCACCACCACCGUUUCCAGCCUGGAGAAGAUGAAGAUCUUCCCCGAGGACUUCAUCUUUAAAACCCUUGGGCCCAUCACCCCGGUCCCUGUCCAACCUCCUGCAGUACUGACUGUGCUGAGGAAAGCCCACCCGCCCUUACCACCACCAAGACAUACGCCGCUAAGAGCCGAGGAUCACAACAUGAAGAAUCUGCCUCAUCCGACUUUAAUGUUAUCAGGGAAUAUAUCCAAGGCUAAUGGGUCUCUUAUGAGGAAUGGCGGGGUUUUCCCGUUGAAAACCAGGGAUUUAUUCUCCUCCACGCCAUGUUUCCUUUUGGGUGACAGCGGAGUGCCUGAGUCCGGGCUUGUUCCUACAUUGCCCAGGCCCAUGCCCCUUCUCCGUCACGAAAAAAACAAAUGCCCAAAGGCCCCUGGCAGGGAGCCUCGGGAGAGGGAGCGUGUCCGUUUCAGCGAGACGGUCCAGUACCACGGCUACUGCCCGGACUGCGACCUCCAGUACGACGUGGACGACACAGAACUACACUUACAGGCCGAGCUGAGCGACUUGAGGCUUAGCCCGCUACACUGCUGCUCUUCCUCCUCCCCUCCUCCUCCACCUCAUGCUCUUCCUCAUGAUCUCAUGUUGGAAAACGGCGGCCUCCCGUUCAGCCACAGUUUCCCGCCGACGGCGAACCCUCCUCCACCUUUUGUGCCUCCUCACCCGCCUCCCCGCAAGCCCCAGAAAACAAUCCUUCGCAAAUCAACCACCACCACGGUUUGACACCGACUCCCCUGUUCUGUCUACCUAUCUGUCUAUUCUUGAAUCAUUCAUAGUGUUUUCUACUGUAAGAGAGAUUUUUCCUCCGGUUGAACUUUGGAUUAACCAAACACAGAGAGGAAGGUUUGGGAAAUAGGAAACAAAAGGAUGGAUGAAGUGAGUAGAAUAGAGAGGAAGGAAUUGCCAUGGGCGCUGAGACGUACACAGACAGAUCUGGAAGAGGCGGGCCCAUUGAGCUACUUGAGGUACAAGUGGAAGGGAUGCUUCUUUCACACUCUGAUCGAACGCGUGGUUGAUCCACCCCGGGAGGAGCCGGUGCUCUCAAUCAUCAGGGGACAAGUUCCUCUGGACAAAUUCAUAGUUUUUGGGCACUAAAGCCUCCAGGCACAUGUUACUGCCACAGAGGAAAAGAGAGAAGGCAGUCACAGUAUGCAACGACAUACAGACAGAAGGAAUUUGUAUAGGUGUGGAGGUGAUAUUUUUUGUUACUUGUAAGUAGUUGAAUUAGAGAUUAGAAAGCUGCUGAAACCCCUCUCAUCAAAAGUAAACAGGCGAGUUCAGAAGAAGAGGCAGAAGAUGGGGUGAUACGAUGUCAGCUAGUGUUUGAUUCAUGUCUACACAGGCGUUUUCUUCUGUGAAUACUCAGAUGGAUAUCAAUAGCUCCGUUCAACCGAUGGAAUUUGCCUUUUAGAAAUUGUGACUGUUUGUGUCUGGAGAGGCUGACAUGUCGGCCUGGCCGUCUGCAGAUAGUGAGAAGGUAACACUAUGUCAGUAGUUCCCAUAUGCACAAUCACUGUGUAAUUUAGAAAGGCUAAUGGUCUCAACAUGAAUGAUGACGUGGUCACUGAUCUGUGUCCAGACAUUGUGUUCAUUCCAUCUAAAUCUAUGUGCUCAGUUGAUGCCAUGCACGCUAUGUUUAUGUUCCACAGUAACAGGCAGACGUACGGUGCAGUGUGGUAUAGCUACAGCUUUAAAGGACCCUUGAAGAAGUAAUAAUUUGCAUCAAAUUUUCUUUGUAUACAAAUACACAUGGACAUGUUGGAUAUUUAUAUAUAUUUCAGACAUUUUUCUACAGAGACUUUAACAUUUAAAGAGAUGAUAUUUUUGAUAUUGCGUUGGAUGACUGAGAGGUAAUUUGACGAAAGCUCACAAAGCUGUGUUUAAUUUUUUUUCAGAAGGGCAGAGCAGGAUAAGUUAUUUAUAUUUACCAACAGGAUGUUGUUUGUAUGGAUGGAAAACAAGUGCUUCAGCAUUAUCACGUCGAGGAAAGAAAGAAAAUGUUGGGUGGAGAAGAGAAGCGGCAUAAACCAAAUACCUAGUUGUGCUUUAUCAGACAGGAGGCACGGCAAUGAAUGAAUGCAUUACUGACUCUUCACUUUGUACUGCCAUCACUGUGUUUUUCUAUGCAUUUCUGUGAAGAGGCUGUCUGUCGGUGAGUCCAACAUGCAGGGAGCUCUGCUUUCCAUAAUAAAGAGUUUAGAACUCCCCCCCCCCCACACCCCCAUCUCCUUAAAUGAUGAUCAUCAGGGUUAAUUCUGCAGUCUGUAUAAUCCUGAUGCAUUUUCAAGGUAUUACCAUGCUGCUUAGGCCGAUGAAGCAUUUUUACAAUUAAAUAUUCGUUCUCUCAUGCAGCAUUAAUCAAAACUAUUAUAUAACAUAGUGGUUUACAAGAAGAAAAUUUAAAUCAUAUAUAUUUAUAUAAAUAUAUGAGCAUUUUGCGAUGCAUACAGUUUCCCCCCCAUUCAGACUGGAGGCACCACCACCUUUAAGAUCCACUUCUUUGUUCUCACUGGACACAGAAACUGAACUCAUGACCAAAUCCUGCAUCAAUCAAGAAUCUGUUUUAAAGAUGAUUGGGAUGUCUCUAAAUGCCAUCGGUGAUAUUUUGCUGUUUGUCCACAAACUGUUGGAAAGAUAAUUGUGAAAAGUAAACACUUUGCACUUAAUGUCUGUGUGUCCGUGUGUAUUUUAUGGACUGGGCUAACAUUUCAAGUAUCCAGGGUGUUGAUUUUAUGUCUGCAUUUUCUGUUAUAAACUGUGCUCUUGCAAAUGAGUCCUUCAUAAUGUCAAGACUCUGUGAGCUGGGAGUGAAAUAAAGUUAAUGAAUCUGAUUGCGAGCGCAUUGCACGUAAUCACCAUUAGCAAAAAAGGCAGAGGGUUCAAACCUUUCAGAGAGAAAAACACAUUACAGAGCAUCAGCAGCUACAUCAGUUAAUUGGAGAUUAGUGUGUUGAGAUAGCAGGCUGGUGGUGUUAGGGCACUGGCUGUCUCCAGUAUAUAGUCUAAUGAAUUCACAGUGGUUUGUCAUGGUCACACACGCUAUCACAUCAGCCACAGCAGCCAGCGGUUCGGAUAGAGGGACUGAAAGAACAUAGAGGUCGUCUUCAGACUCGAACAUGACAAGUUCAUAUCUAUGAACUGGAAAAAAUCUGAGUUUUGAAUUCAUGGGUGCAAUUGUAUAUACUGGUAAAGCAAGAUUUUGCCAAAGCACAAUAAACCAACAGAAACAGUGUGGUAUAGUGGUCAGUACAACUGAAAUAUAACAAUGUAAUAAAUGAUUAAUCAAAUGUGUGUGGACAGUGGGUCAAUGUGAAAUAUAAUGUGAUGGUGAAGCCCUUGUAACAAAACAGAUACCUCCUUAACUCUGAUGUUCUGUCCUUGGCUGUUUAAAUCUAUUACUGCUACAGCAGGUCCACACUCUGACCCAGAGUAUUAUACAUAAUA